CUGCAAAACGGCUCGAGCGUAUAAGGUAAUGGGCUCGGAGAACAGUGCUUUAAAGCAUGAUGCACUGGAAGAGCCGCCGUUUACGCUGCCCUCCGGAGUCAACAUUUAUCCAGCAGUGCUUCAGCGUGGCAAACUCGCCUCUGUCUUUGUGUAUAAGAGCGAGAACGAGGACAACGUUAACAAAACUGCUAAGCACCUGAAAACUUUACGCCACCCUUGCCUCCUGCGCUUCCUCUCUUGCACUGUGGAAAUCGAUGGGAUCCAUUUGGUCACAGAGCGCGUGCAGCCGGUGGAGAAGGUCCUGGAGAACCUCUCUUCUUCAGAGAUAUGUGCUGGAAUCUACGAUGUUUUGCAAGCUCUUGUCUUCCUCCAUGAUAGAGGAAACCUGACGCACAACAAUGUCUGCCUGUCAUCGGUGUUUGUGAGCGAGGACGGGCAUUGGAAACUGGGUGGCAUGGAAACGGUCUGCAACCAGAAGGAAGCCACGGCAGAGUUUCUGCGUAGCAUCAAGUCAGUACGAGAGAAGACGGGCAUCCCCCCUGAAGAAAUGCGUGCAGAUUUCCAACAUCUUCCAGAAGGCCAGGGCCAUUCCCGGGACGCCUAUUCCUUCGGGGCAAUGGUUGAAAACUUGUUGACUUUUUUAAACGAAGAGGUUUCCGAGGAUGUCCUCUUCGGCUUUCAGCAAACGGUGCGCUCCAUUCUGCUAAAUCCAGAUCCGGCACAUCGGCCUCCGCUGUCCAGUUUGCUGUCCCACGAAUUCUUCAGGAACGAUUUCCUGGAAGUCGUGAGCUUUCUGAACACUUUAACGCUGAAAACUGAAGAGGAAAAAACUGAAUUUUUCAAAUUUCUGCUGGACAGAGUAGCUGGCUUGUCAGAGAAGCUGAUAGCUUCGCGGCUGGUGCCUCUCUUGCUCAACCAGCUCGUGUUUGCCGAACCCGUCGCUGUCAAGAGCUUCCUCCCCCACCUCCUGGGUCCAAGGAUAGAUAAAGUAGGCGAGAAUCAGAUCAACGGCCUGCUUUCUCCGGCGGUGUUCCAGGCGCAUGUCAGCCCGGCGCUGCUGAAGCUCUUUGAGGUGCAUGAGGAGCAUGUGCGGAUAGUGUUGCUGUCUCACCUGGAUGCCUACGCUGAGCUGUUCACUCAGAAAGAACUGAAAAACAUCAUAUUGCCACAGGUUUUACUGGGGCUGCGUGAUACCAGCGACGCUCUGGUGGCUGUAACGCUGCAGAGCUUAGGAGUGCUGGUCUCUCUGCUCGGUCCCGACGUCGUUGUAGGGGGCGACAGGACGAAGAUCUUCAAAUGCUCCGCGCCGAGCUUCACCAAAACCGCCGACCUUUCCCCCCAAGAAUCUCCCACUCACAUAAUGAGCUGCCAGAGUAAGCAAACCUAUAAGCCCCUGCAGAAUAACCCUUCGGGUGUCCUCUUCAAGUGCCCCAACUCUGGAAAUAUGUCCUUCAGCAACAAGAACCAUGUGCCAAGGCAAGACUCUCAUGCGGCCUUCAAGAAAGGGGAACAAGACAGUCCACUGUCUUUAAAUGGUGGUCCUGCUGGAUUAAACGCAUCGAGGAGCGACGGUAGCUGCCGGCUGGGAAUCGAGAAGAUAACGGAGGAAUGGCCAGACUGGAGCGAGUGUGAGGAGCCAGAGACAGAUCAAAGCACAACAGUCUGUACCGGAAGGCAAGAAGAGUUUUGUGCUGGCCGUAGCCCCUGUCUUACCAACCAUCCCGCAGAUAAGAAAACCUGGGCUGACAAGGCUUACCUCCCUUCCUCUCAAAGGUCCUCAGGAAACAGCCCCGAUGCCCUAGGGUCCGACGAGAGCGCUGAGCCUCACCUCCUACCCCGCACGCUGGAGCUCAAAAGAGAAUUUAGAACUCUGCCUUCCAAUUCUUCCUCGGGGCCCAGCAGCAACGGCAGCGGUUAUGACCACAAGGACCUGCAGGACGAAAUCUCCAGGCAGCCCAAGGCAUCGCACCUAGAAAGGUCUCCGAAGCUGGGAGGCGGUUUAGGAGAGGAGUUCACGAUCCAGGUGAAGAAGAAAGAGUUGCAUGACCCUGAACUGGACUGGUUUGCUGAUAUGGUGCCAGACAUCAAGCCGGCAUCAGCGCUCCAGGUUUUGCCAGAGCUGGGGCCCUGUCCUGUUGCUCAGAGCAACUUAGAUGCAGUCUCCAGCAGUGUGGGUGAUGCUCAGAAGGUGCAGUUUUCUGCCAAAUUUGCAGCUGCCGCCGUUACAGAGGUAGAUGACAUUGGCUGGGAAGAAGAAGAGGAGCUGAAGUGGGAAGAUGAAACCAACUGGUGAUACAAGGCCUUUGCACUGGAGUUUGCUGCUUCUACUGUGCCCUGGACAAUUUUUACUCCACAAGCAGCAAAAGGACUCAGAAUA